GCAAUGUCGGGCUUGUUCCUCCUCCCAGGUUUGAGUUAGCCUCCUCAGGGAUAUGGAGGCUGAGGUUUUUGAAAGUACUUGACUAACAGAAUAUGAGGCAUGGAAGAGUUUUAAGGUGAUCAACUGCUUCAGGCUGAGCAUCAUCAUCUUUCCCCAGGUUGAUCUAGGCUUCUAAGACAGGCUUUCAGACAAUCCAAUGGCAGACCAAAGGAUGGACAUAUCUUCUACAAUUAGUGACUUUAUGUCACCAGACCCUGCUGACUUGAUCUCCAGUUCUCUUAGCACUUCAGGAAUGGAUUGUAAUAGGAAAAGAAAGGGAAGCUCUACCGAUUAUCAACUUGAUGGCUUUCCUUUCAGGGAAGGUAUGGAUACAGAUAAAGAUGACCAACAUGGAAGAUUGGAGUAUACAGACCAACAAGGCAGAAUAAAAAAUGCAAGGGAGGCUCAUAGUCAAAUUGAAAAAAGGCGUAGAGAUAAAAUGAACAGUUUUAUAGAUGAACUGGCAUCUUUGGUACCAACGUGCAACGCGAUGUCUCGAAAGCUAGAUAAACUCACUGUAUUGAGAAUGGCUGUCCAGCAUUUGAAAACACUACGUGGUGCUACAAACCCAUAUACAGAAGCAAACUAUAAGCCUGCUUUUCUAUCAGAUGAUGAAUUAAAACAUCUUAUUCUCAGGGUACGUUUCAGCUUUUAAUUAAGAGGUAUUAAUGGCUCUGUCCUACUGUUUGUUUCAGAAUCUGUCUUCAAGAUCCUCAACUACAGUCAGAAUGAUUUGAUUGGUCAAAGUUUAUUUGAUUACCUUCAUCCUAAAGACAUUGCCAAAGUGAAGGAGCAGCUCUCUUCUUCUGAUACUGCGCCACGAGAAAGGCUUAUAGAUGCAAAAACUGGACUCCCAGUUAAAACUGAUAUAACACCUGGGCCAUCGCGACUAUGUUCUGGAGCAAGACGGUCCUUUUUUUGUAGGAUGAAGUGCAAUAGACCUUCAGUGAAAGUAGAAGACAAGGAUUUUCCAUCAACCUGUUCAAAGAAGAAAGCAGACCGCAAAAGCUUUUGCACUAUUCAUAGUACAGGAUAUUUAAAAAGCUGGCCGCCAACAAAAAUGGGACUAGAUGAAGAUAAUGAACCAGAUAAUGAGGGUUGUAAUUUAAGCUGUCUUGUUGCAAUUGGACGGCUGCAUCCUCAUGUAGUACCACAGCCAGUCAACGGUGAGAUCAGGGUGAAACCUACAGAAUAUGUUUCUCGACAUGCAAUAGACGGGAAAUUUGUUUUUGUAGAUCAGAGGGCAACAGCCAUUCUGGCAUACUUACCCCAGGAACUUCUAGGUACUUCGUGUUAUGAAUAUUUUCAUCAAGAUGAUAUAGGACAUCUUGCAGAAUGUCAUAGACAAGUUUUGCAGACAAGAGAAAAAAUUACAACUAACUGCUACAAGUUUAAAAUAAAAGAUGGCUCUUUUAUUACAUUGCGGAGUCGCUGGUUCAGUUUCAUGAACCCUUGGACCAAAGAAGUAGAAUACAUUGUCUCAACAAAUACAGUCGUUUCCACCAACGUACUUGAUAGUGGAGACGCAGCCUUUCCACAGCUUGCGGCUUCUCCACACAGCAUGGACAGUGUGCUUCAGGCUGGAGAAGGUGGCCCAAAAAGGACCCAUCCUACUGUGCCUGGAAUUCCAGGUGGAACAAGAGCUGGGGCAGGUAAAAUAGGGAGGAUGAUUGCUGAAGAAAUCAUGGAGAUUCACAGGAUAAGAGGAUCAUCACCUUCCAGCUGUGGUUCAAGUCCACUGAACAUUACCAGCACACCACCACCUGACACAUCCUCCCCAGGAGGCAAGAAGAUCUUGAAUGGUGGCACUCCAGACAUUUCUUCAGCUGGGUUACUGUCUGGGCAAAUCCAAGAUAACUCUGGCUACCCGUAUUCUGACAACUCCUCUAUUCUUGGGGAGAACUCUCAUAUAGGCAUUGAUAUGAUUGACAAUGAUCAAGGAUCAAGCAGCCCUAGCAACGACGAAGCAGCAAUGGCAGUAAUAAUGAGCCUUCUUGAAGCAGAUGCAGGUCUUGGUGGCCCCGUAGACUUCAGUGAUUUGCCAUGGCCCUUGUAAAUGAUGCACCUGGCUUCAACAUCCAAAUAUCGAAGUGCAUUUAUUGGUGGAGUUCUACAGUCUGUGAAACUUUUUGGACUGAGAAGCUUUUAUGUCUGAAUUUCAUAAAAGCUGUAUCAGAAUGCAACUCAUCCUACCAUGUGUAACUUCAGACAAAGUGGAAUAACCUGCUACAGUGUUCUGUGUUGAUUUGGUUAGCUGUGUAUAGCUUGCGAUACUUGUAUAUUUUGGAUUCUGUUGUUUGAAAUUUUUUUUAAAUCACUGUGCAACUCACUGGCAUCAGUGGUAGCUUUUAUAUGCAAAUGACCAUUUCAGAUGUAUGGUGUGUUUUUACACUGCAAAACAGUCCCCAUGUGGAUAUUUCUUAUACUAAUUGUACCAUAAAGCUGUUUAUUCUUUCUUGUAAGAAUCCUUUACUAUAAAUAUUGUUAAAGUGUAAUGUAUUAGACAGUUAAAAAUUUUUAAAAUAAAUGUUUCCCUUGUUCUAAGAUGGAGCAUUUACUUUGAUAAAUAAAUUUGAUAAAACCCUGCUGAAGGUGCAUGCUAGAA